CUGAUCUGAUCACCCGUCACAUCACUCGGGAGACCAGGCGGGCGCGUGGUCCCUGCAGGCGAGGCCAAGUUCCCCGUGUGCCCCUGCGCUCUCCCAGACCCUCGUGCCUUCACUGAGCAUAAAAUAACCCCGGGCCGUUCUGAACGUAAGUGCGCCCCAUCAGCCGUGCCCUCAGCCCGGGCUCCAGUCCUCUAGGUGCCCUCCCCUCCGUCCUUGCGUCCUGCGCAGCGCGACGAUGCCGGCCCGUCUGGACACCUGCCUGUCGGACCUCGACUGCGCCAGCAGCGGCAGUAGCAGCAUCAGCAGCGAUCUGUCCGGCUUCCUCACCGACGAAGACGACUGUGCCAGACUUCAGCAGCCAACCUCGGCUUCAGGACCGUCCGCGCCGGCCCGCAGGGGUGUGUCGGGGGUCUCCGGGACGCCAGACGUUCCGGGCGCUCAGGACCAUGAGCAGGAGCGGCGUCGGCGUCGCGGUCGCGCGCGCGUGCGCUCCGAGGCGCUGUUGCAUUCGCUGCGUAGGAGCCGGCGCGUCAAGGCCAACGACCGCGAGCGCAACCGCAUGCACAACCUGAACGCGGCGUUGGACGCGCUGCGCAGUGUGCUGCCAUCCUUCCCCGACGACACCAAGCUCACCAAGAUCGAGACGCUGCGCUUCGCCUACAACUACAUCUGGGCCCUGGCCGAGACCCUGCGCCUGGCAGACCAAGGGCUGGCCGGGGGCAGCGCCCGGGAGCGCCUCCUGCAGCCGCACUGCGCCCCCUGCCUCCCCGGACCCCCGAGCCCCGCCAGUGACGCUGAGUCCUGGGGCUCGGCGGCCGCGUCCUCCCCCUGCGCCGCGGCCGCCUCGCCGCUCUCUGACCCCAGUAGUCCCGCCGCCUCUGAAGAUUUCGCCUACGGCGACUCUCUCUUCUUCCCCAAUCUUCCCAAGGACUUCCUGCACACGACGCCCUGCUUCGUUCCUUACCACUAGACCACGCAGUACACGCGGUGGCCACCCCCGCGCCCCCAGGCCGCAGACAGUAGCCAGGACGUCCCCGCAGCCCCCUCCAAUAGCGGGCGGCUUGAAGGGGUGGUGCAUCCCGGAGCCGCUCGCCCAGGUAGCUGCGCCCUGGCCCCUGGCCGACCGGCCGCCGCCCCCUCAUGUGCCUGUGCAGCGCUCAACCCGGAGGGGGGCGCUCUGUGGCUCUCCCACCCCACCCCGCCUCGCGCCGAGACGGACUUGGCUUCUGCACUUUGCCAACUCCACAAAACCGCCUUUGUGGCGGACUCCGAGCUGACCCCAGCCACCGCUGCAGUGUGAUUCCAAACAAGGAUAGAGCAGGCCCCGAAGACAAGGUGAAAAGUCAAUUUUACAAUUUGUAGAACUCUAAUGAAGAAAAACGAGCAUGAAAAUUCGGUUCGAGCCGGCUGACAAGACAAUGAAAAGGCUUGACGGGCACAGACAAGGAGGGGCUCCCGCGUAAUGCGCACCGACCCCCACUCCCGCAGGCGCGCUCCCGCUCGGACCAGGCGGCCGAGUCCUCUAAUUUAUUCA